GUUUAUACAGCAAUGCAUGCUGGGACAAAGAAGGUGUCGUCGUAGUGUUGUGAAAGUCGUCGGACGUGAGAUGAAUUUUCUUGCCCACAGUCAACAAACAUCGUUUUAUUAAACUACUAGUUUGUGAUAACUUCGUGUUAAUAACAAACUACACCGGGACCGUGUGUGCGCAAUAAGGCGAAAUGGGAGCCGAUAAAAGGAUUAGUCGCACAGAACGUAGCGGUAGGUAUGGCUCUGACCAAUCGCGUGAUGAAUCGGAAUGGCGGGACAGACGCGACAGCAGGGACCAAGAGCGGGAUCAUAACAUGCGCCGCUGGGGUGACGAGAGACGUAGUGAUCGUUUUGAAGGAGAUCGUCGAGGAUCAAGAGACAGUCCAGAGCAAAGAGAAAGGAAACGACGCAACAGUGAUAGAUCAGAAGAUGGUUAUCACUCCGAUGGCGACUACCCAGAGCAGGAUUACAGAAGGGAGCCUGGAGAAGAGAAGAAGAGCAAGACUAUCAUGCUCUGGGGUCUGUCUCCUCAUGUCAGUGAGGAUGAUAUUCGUUUUGCCAUAGACCAACUGGAGGGACCGCAGCCCGUGGAUGUCAGGCUGAUGAAAAAGAAAACAGGUAUAAGCCGUGGUUUCGCCUUCGUGGACUUUUAUCACUUGCAAGAUGCUACCCGAUGGAUGGAGACCAAUCAGAAACGUCUGACCAUCCAAGGAAAAAGCGUGGACAUGCACUACAGCCACCCCAGAAACAAGUACGAAGACUGGCUCUGCAACACUUGUGGCCUGUACAAUUUCCGGAGGAGGCUGAAGUGCUUCAGGUGUGGAGCAGCCAAAGCUGAAAGUGAAACCAGCAAUCACACUGGAGUCUCUGAAACUCAACCCACUGGAGAUUUCUAUGGCGACACAAUCAUCCUGAGAAAUAUAGCAGCAAUGACCACCGUGGAAGCCAUCAUGACAGCCCUGGCACCAUAUGCUAAUCUUUCUUCAAACAACAUUCGCCUCAUCAAGGACAAGCAGACAGGCCAGAACAGAGGCUUUGCCUUUGUACAGCUGUCCUCUCCUCUGGAGGCAUCUCAGCUGCUGACCAUCUUACAGGGACUGCAGCCACCUCUAAAACUGGAUGGGAAAACAAUCGGGGUGGAUUACGCUAAGAGUGCUAGAAAGGACCUUUUGCUACCUGAUGGAAAUCGUGUCAGUGCCUUCUCAGUGGCCAGCACAGCCAUUGCUGCAGCCCAGUGGUCCUCGAGUCAGCCACAGCAGAGCUCAGAUGGAAUGUCAGAAUACAGCUACCUGCAAGAGGGCUACACUCCAAUGUCACAGGACUACCAGACAUACUAUCAGCAGGGAGCAGGAGCCAGCACCUCUCAGGGAAAUGGGAUUCUAGGAGCUGCCCCUGGUGUGAAGAUUGUUCCAACUGCAGCUGGAGUAGUAAUCUCACAGACUGCACAGGUCUACCAGCCCCAUAUAAUUGUGCAGCCUGCCGUCCAGGCUUUGCCACUUGCCCAGCAUUUGGAGGCAAAACCCCUCACUGGACAUCUUUCAGGCAUUGAAGCUGCAUCUGUGCCGGUUCCCCCAGUAGCUGCUGCAACUGUUACUGCAGCCAGUACACUUAUAGCAUCAGGACAGACAGCUGACACCAGCACUGGCCAUCCUGAUACGUCCACCUAUCAAUAUGAUGAGUCAUCUGGCUACUAUUAUGAUCCACAAACUGGCCUCUACUAUGACCCAAACACUCAUUAUUUCUACAACUCUCAGACCCAGCAGUAUCUCUACUGGGACAAUGAAAAACAGACAUACGUACCUGCCCCAAGCGAUGUAAAUGCUGGACAGAGCGAUAACGCAGUAGGCGGCAAAGAACCUAAAGAAGCCAAGGAGAAAAAGGAAAAACCCAAAAGCAAGACUGCUCAGCAGAUUGCUAAAGACAUGGAACGGUGGGCUAAAACUCUCAACAAGCAGAAAGAGAAUUUCAAGAGUAGCUUUCAGCCUAUUAGUCAAGAAGAGAGGAAGGAGGCAGCAGCUGCAGAUGCUGGCUAUAUACUAUUUGAAAAGAAGCAGGCAGGAAGUCUAGACAGACUAAUGCCAGAGAUGCCAAGGUACCCCGAAGAGGAACAACCAACUACCUCGACCAACACUUCCAAGUGUGGCCUUGUGGCAGCCUACAGUGGAGACAGUGACCCCGAGGAGGCAGUAGCAGAGCCUGAUAGUGGUGACGGAGUCCAGGACAAGCUGACAGACUGGUCAAAGUUGGCCUGCUUGCUGUGUAGGAGACAGUUUCCUAACAAAGAGGGUCUCGUUCGACAUCAGCAACUGUCAGACCUCCACAAGAAAAAUCUGGAGGUUCUCCGCAGAUCCAGAAUGACUGAAGCAGAGCUGGAAGAGUUGGAGAGAAAAGAGACAGAGAUGAAAUAUAGAGACAGGGCAGCUGAGAGGAGAGAAAAAUAUGGCAUCCCUGAACCCCCAGCGCCCAAAAAGAAGAAAUUUAACCAGGCAGCACCAGUCGUUAACUACGAACAGCCCACUAAAGAUGGUCUCAACAGUGACAAUAUCGGGAACAAGAUGCUGCAGGCCAUGGGCUGGAAGGAGGGUAAAGGUCUUGGUCGCAACCAGCAGGGCAUCACUACACCAAUUGAGGCACAGUUGAGAACAAAGGGAGCUGGACUUGGCACUAAAGGCACCAACUACACUCUCUCUGCUUCAGACACGUACAAAGACGCAGUCCGCAAAGCCAUGUUCGCUCGCUUCACUGAAUUGGAAUGAGUUGUUAGUCUCAAGCUCAAAUGAUAGAGGAUGUGAAAGAGAAAUUAAUUGACAUGGAAAAGAGAGGUUCUCUUUUAUGAUUUCACUCCAUGUAUGAUACAUGAUGAUUGUGCCUCUUGCCAUAAUGGUUUAAACAAGACAAUAGAAUACAUCUGUAAUGGAGGUGUGUUAAGAUAGUGACUAAUAUUAUUUAUAAAUUGUACAUAGGCACAUUAAAUUGACUUUCCUCGUUUACAUAUUUCUUCUGUGUUAAUGCCAUUUUUUUGUCUCAGCAUGUUGAAGAUUGUACAGUUUAUAUAAAAAUCCUGUCUGUUUGUACAGAAAAUAAAAGACAUACAUGAUU